AUGGCGGAGCCCCGUGUCCUGUGCCUCUCCGCCACCACAGUGCGGGCAAAGUUCGACGCCCUAGUGGACAGGUAUGGCGCGUUUUCUGUUGACAUCGUGGACAUGCUACUGGUGGACCCGGAAAUGCUCAUCAACGCGGCGCCCCUGUGCCCCCAGGAGCGCCAGCAGCGGCGCAGCCAGCAGGCCGCCGCCGCGGCGCGGCGGCGGCAGCAGCGGCAGCAGCAGCGCGCGGAGGCGGCGGCGGCAGCUGCGCUGGAGGAGGAGCGGCAGCGGCUCAGGCCCAAGUUCACGGGGCGGCAGCGGCGGCUGUUUAUUGAGGGGGACGAGGAGGAAGACCCGCGGGUGUGGGGCGGGCUUGACCAAGCCACCGCGGACCCAGGGCAGCCACAGCAGCAACAGCAGCAGCAGCAGCAGCAGCAGCAGGAGCAGGAGCUAGAGGGACUGCAGGAUCAGCAGCGCCAGCCAUCGGCGGACGCACUCAACGCGACGAGCAUUGCUGACCUGGCGGCGGACGAGGAGGGGCAGGCUGUGGCUGAGGCGGAGCAGCCGCGCGAGCAUGAAAAGCGGCGGCCGGAGCAGCGGCAGCAGCAGCAGUCAGUGCUGCGGUCGCUGCUGCAGUUUUCAGACCAGUCGGGGCUUCCGCCGGCGCAGGUGCUGGGCCUGUGGCAGCAGCAGCCCGGGCUGGUUGGGCUGCCUGCGUCCGAGCUGCGGCGCCGGCUGUCGGCGGUGGCGGGCGCGAUCGGCCUGGGGUCGUACGACGGCUCGGGCGGCAGCGCCACCAGCAGCACCGCAAGCGUCGACGGGGAGGGCGAGGCCGACGCAGCGGCGGCGGCGGCGAUCGCCGCCGCGUCCCGCAGGCGGGCGCCCGGCGGCGACGCGUACGCAAAGGCGGCGCCCGGAGGCGCGGCCGCCGCGCGGCGCGGCAGCCGCAAGGCGGAGCCGCCCGCGGGCGCGGCGCUGACGCGGCAGCAGCAGCGGGUGCUGAAGCAGCGGCAGCGGCAGGCUGAGGCCGACGAGCUGCAGCGGCAGCGCCUGCUGAAGCAGCAGCAGGAGGAGCAGCGGCGCGGCGCCGCCGGCGUCUUGUCCGCCGGCGCCGCUGGCGCUGCCGCGCAGCUGCAAGAGCGCGGCGCCGCCUUCGGCGAGGGCGAGCUGAGCACCGCGGCGGUGCUUGAGGCGGUGCUGCGGGACGCGCCCGCGCUGCUGGCGGUUUCGCCGGACGAGAUCGAGGCGCGCCGUGCGGGGCUCGGCGCCGCGUUGGGCGUGCAGGACGCGGCGCGGCUGCAGGCGCUGCUGGCGAAGCAGCCGGCGCUGCUUUCCGUUGAUGCCGGCGAGCUCGCCGCCCGCGCCGCCGCGCUGGCCGCCGCGCUGCGGCUGCCGCCCCCGCGCGCGCGCCAGCUCGCCGCCGAGCGCCCCUCGCUGCUCGCCGUGCCGCGGCCGGCGCUCGCGGCGCGGCUCGGGGCGCUGGGGCGCCUGCUGGGCGUGCCCGCCGCGCUGGCGGCGGAGUGCGCGGUGCGGGAGCCUGGGCUGCUGGCCGCAGGCGAGGAGGAGGUGCGUGCGCGGUUUGAUGCCUUGGCAGCAGGAUUCGGUUCUUUCAGGGAGGACGCGGUGGAUGUGGUCCUAGCAGACCCCUCUGUUCUGAUGCGCGUCGAAGGGCGGUGA